AUGGUGGUUCUCAAAUAUCUUUCUCAGCAGUGGGCAAAAGCAUCUGGGCGAGGAGAAGUAGGCAAACUUAAAAUCGGGAAAGCUGAAGGGAAGACGGCAGUAAGUUUCAAUCUGAGCGAGGAGCUGUCAGUGGUGGAGUGCUCUGGGGAGAAGGUUUCGUCAGUGCGCUCCCCUCGAGAACAUCCCUUCACCAUACAGAUGGUGGGUGGUCAGGCCCUUGCUGUCUUUACAGAGACUUCAGACAAGCUGGCUCUUGAAGGCACGGUUGUGCAGCGCGCUGAGUGCAGACCUGCAGUCGGCGAGAGCUACAUGAAACUAAAAAAGCUACAGAUUGAAGAAUCCACCAAACCUCUUUGUUUUUCCCAGAAGCUUGAAAAAGCCAUCACAACAAAUUACAAACCUGUGUCCAACCACAGCCAUAAUCUAGAAUAUGAGAAGAGGAAGAAAGAGGAAGGCAAGCGUGCAAGAGCUGACAAGCAGAAGGUUCUGGAAAUGCUCUUCUCUGCCUUUGAGAGGCACCAGUACUACAACAUCAGAGACCUGGUGGACAUCACAAAGAACCGGUGGCUAGUUGUCCAGCUCAAGGCAGUUCUUAGGGAGAUCGGCGUGUACAAUUCCCGAGGGCCUCAUAAGAGCACCUGGGAGCUGAAGCCUGAAUAUCGCCACUAUGAGGAAGGACAGGAGGGAAAAAUGAAGUAA